CCCAUGUAAUGUCCAUCUAGAAUUCUCUUCCUCCUCCCUCUUUAACAUCCGAACGAGAUCGAUUUGGAGCGCAUUUCUUGGACUCGUGGGUCGAUUUUUUUCCGGGAUUCGAUGAAUUCGUCACAUUUCAUGGACAAACAGGUCACGGGGAUGUCGGAAAAAUCGCAGGGCGGCGACCUCUUCGAUCUGAUGGAUCCCCAAGAAGAGCCCCGGAACAAUGGAGGCGUGAUUAAGAAGGAGGAGAUCCUCCCGAGUUACGAAUUCCAGCCCAUCCGCACCGUUGGCUCGUGGCCGCCCAUGAAUGCGGGUCUUGAUGCCGCCGAUUCCAAGAAGAUCGGUUCAUCCAGUCUCAGAUAUUCUGGUAUUGUGGAACCCCAUGAAAUAGCGAAAGUCAGUCAUGAUAAAGAAAGAGAUGCAUAUGAUGUGGCUGCAGUGGCUGAGAUUGAUCGUACAGUGAAGAAAUAUGCUGAUAAUCUGCUACAUGCUUUGGAAGGUGUAAGUUCAAGGUUGUCACAGCUGGAAAGUAGAACUCGUUACCUUGAAAGCAGUGUAGAUGAAUUGAAGGUUUCUGUUGGGAAUAAUCAUGGAAGCACUGAUGGGAAGUUGAGACAACUGGAGAAUAUUUUAAGAGAGGUCCAAACUGGUGUGCAGGUUUUGCGUGAUAAACAAGAUAUUGCAGAGGCUCAGCUACAACUUGCCAAGUUACAAGCUUCCAAGAGUGAACAGGGGCCUGAAAAAGCUAGCACCGGACAACCAGACUCUUGGCAACAAGUAGCUUCACCGCCACAGCCUGUCCAACAACCACUUCAAGCCCCAGCUGCUCCACCUCAACCAUCUCCACAUCCUUCUUCCCUUGUUCCUCAUGCUCCUCCACCUCCACAACAACAAAAUCCAUCUCCUGUUGUUCUUUAUCCUUCACAAUUGCCUCAGCCCCAGAUGCCCGCUAUACAGUCUCUAGCUCAAGAACCCUGCUUGCCCGCACCAGUUCAGUCAACAGAGAGUACACAUCAACAGUACCAGAUGCCUGUGCAGCAACCACAGCCGCCACCACCACAACAGUACCAACCAGCACCUCAGCUACAGCAGCCUUACUUGCAACCAAUCCAGCCACCCCAAGCUCCAAAUCCUCCACUGCUUCAACCUCCAUUGGCUCAUCCCCCGGAGGAGUCAUCACCAUAUAUGCCACAAUCUCAAAGCUACCCUCAUAGCAUCCGCCAACCUGCCCCUCUGGCUCAGCCACCGACCAGGCCCCCUCCUACUCAACAACUUUAUGGACCGAACACUAGCAUGUAUGAACCCCCAGCAAGCAGGUCGAGCCCGAUGCAUAUACCCUAUUCUGCCGGCUAUGGUGCGGCAAGUGGUCCUGGUUUCUCUGAACCAUAUUCUUACAGUGGAUCACCAUCCUGCUAUAGUAGCACUACAACAAAGCCAUCUCCCUUUUCAUCUUCUGCUCCCUCAUCAGAUGGAAGCAACUACCAGCGCCUCCCAACUGCUAAAGUAUUGCCUCAAGCACUGCCAGCUGAAUCAAGUUCUGGUGGGACCCCUGGGAAUAGAAUGCCAAUUGAUGAUGUUGUCGACAAGGUUGCGACAAUGGGGUUCUCCAGAGAUCAGGUUAGAGCAGCCGUGCGACGACUUACAGAGAAUGGACAGUCAGUGGAUCUAAAUGUUGUGCUUGAUAAGCUUAUGAAUGAUGGUGAGAUCCAGCCACAGAAAGGUUGGUUCGGACGGUGACUGUGAUUAUUUAUGUUAUUUCUUUGUAAAUAAUAAUUGUCAUACUGUAUAUGAACCGUCUCAGUUUGAGUAUUAGUGGAGUGUCUUGCUGUGGGGAAUCUAGAUUCCACGUGCUAUUGGAGUGUAUGCAAGGUUUUGAUGUUUAAAAGUACCUGUCGUUUAACUGAAACAAUUUUUAUUGUUCGAUUCACUCCUAUCUUUUUCUGAUU